AUGUAUGGCGCUCUCAUUGCGGAUCAGGUACGAGCUCCCGUUCCUACCGCCGGGGAGUAUCCAGAGUACGAGAACGCGCCCUCGAGUGGCAUGGCCAGAUUCCCCGACCGCAGUCCUGAUAACGGAUCUGAAGAGCUCGAUCAUUUGGGUGAUCCUGGCUGGAGCGAAUGGGUAGUGUCUCUAAUGGCGACAGCCGGCUUUGAUCUUCUCACCACAACUCUUGCAUCCAGUAGCGACGACUUUGUCAGGUUUCUUGUCAACUUCAAUAAGGAGGUACUUCAAAGACUUCCUCGCAUCGAUGCGACCAACGUCAACCCUCCCCUCUCCCCCAACAACUUCAGAAGACGUCGGAUAUCAUGGCAUUGCAACGCCUACAUUCGUCUUAACCGUCAGCGUGUAUGGCCUCUUUUUGGUGACGCGCACCAGUAUCCUCAGAUUCCUUCGGUUGACGAGUACAGGAGGAUUUACGGCCCUGGACCUCAUGGGACCGGUUGGGGAUUGAAAGCGGACCGCACCAAGAAUGAAUUGAUAGCCCACGGCCAAGGUACAAUUGCAUAUCCUUCGCUUAUACCCAAGCUGGUGCCGUUUUAG